UCGGCCAUUUUGUUGACCUUCGAUUAGAUUGCCGUUGCAGCGAGUACGCCGUUCGCCAUUGCGAUGUGCUAGGGAGUUGGGUCCGGGACUAGGCGACGACGGUGUACUAUCGCGUCUCAACCUAACCAGAGUUUUUAGUUAUUUCGUUUUACGAUUUUGGGUAUUUUGCAAAGAAUGAAUCGGGGCAGUUUCGAACUCAGCCGAAUCGUCAAGAGCGAAAAAUCGGGAUCGCCGAAAAGAGAGGAAAUACUGCAUCUGCAGCUCACGCCGACGGGUAAAAUCAGUCACGCCAAGACUCGCGUCUACACGCAACGAUACAGAAAAGCAUGGGAACAGAUGCCCGACUUCAAAGGGUGGUUGACGGCUGUACCAGAUCAACCCACCCGGGCAUAUUGCACCUAUUGCAAAAAGAAUCUUCAUGCCCAUCGUCUAUCGCUGCUGAAGCAUACUUGUACCAUGAAACAUCAGAGGGGUGCUAUGGUGCACCAGAAAGAAGCAAUGGCUAAAGAUGAGACUGCAAAAGUGAAAAACUCUACAGCCAAGGUUCGGCUCCAAAAAAAACUGUCUCGCCAGGUUUACGAGCAUGGCAGGAAUUUCAAGAUAGAGGAAGCAACAACAGAGGACGAUGAUGAGGAUAUAGAGUAUGUCAUCGAACGGCUCGACGAUGACCUGGAAAUGACCGAACUCGACCCAAAGAACAUGGACACGGAAGUGGAGCACGAGGAAGUGGAGGAAAACGAGAACCAAUCGGUACCUAAGAAAAUGAAAAUGGAAGUAGAAGAGAACAGCCGCCCUGACGCCCUUGCAGAGGCCAUGGCUCACGUGCACGGCGAGUUCCUGGACGAGAACGGAGAUCCGAUUAAUGUAGAGUUGGAAAUGGUCGUUGAGUCGGCAGAUCCAUGUGCCGAGGAGGUUGAAUCCCGCGUCGUUUCGGCUCGAUCUAAUAGAAACAAUGGUGACGGCGAUGAUAUGACUGUAGAAUCUUUGACAGUAAACAAUGAUCCAACGCACUACGUCCAUGAUCAGAGCAAAGAGACCGAUCACGACACUGAAAACCCAAAUAAUGAUCCAAUCGGAAACAUUUCGAGCUCUAAAUCUUCACUGGCUGGCGAAUGGAGUGACGUUGAAAGCGACGAAUCAGAGCACCCGGACAUUGGAUAUGUGCAUAAUUCGUCUACUACUUCGCCUCCAGCUUUGCAUGUCCGCAAAGAGUGUGUGACAAAACCAUCAACUGGGCUGACAGUGUCCGAAUCUGCAGCAUCUAUUACCAGUGGGACGGCGGUGCCACUGUCGAAGAAGACGGUGACGCUCACUCCCGGUGGCAAGACUGUGAUUCUGGACGCUUCAGCAGCGACGUCCUACGCUGCCGGAUCUCGCUAUGUAAUAAGCACUGCCAAAGGGCAAGCUUCGGCCGUCGUUGUUGGCGAUAAAAAAAAACGAGUGCCGGAGCCUGUCGAGCAGAAUAAAAUCGGGCAACAUCAGCAAAAUUCCGCUCCAUCCACGCCCCCAACGUGUUCCGUAUCAGGCGGCACUCAGACCGGUCCUAAGAAGCACAUCAUAUUGAAGCCUGUGACUCCGUUGGUGCAAACUAAAAAACCAUGUAUAUCAACCCACGUAUUGGACACCAGCAAGGGCCUACCGGUCGGCGGGCUGCAGAUCAGUCUCUAUAAAUUGAUGGACGGCCGCUGGACGUUUGUGAAUGAGAGCAACACGUCGGUGGACGGUCGGUGCGCCGACCUCGUAGAUAUUUCGAAGUACAGCUUCACAGCUGGCCGUUACAAGCUUCACUUCGACGUUGACAAGUACUUUACACUACGGAGAAUCGAGACCAUGUAUCCUUUCAUCGAGAUCGUUUUCGAUGUCAAAAACCCCACUGAACACUACCACGUGCCUCUCUUGAUGAGUCCCUUCGGUUACACAACAUACCGGGGAACGUAAUCGACGCUGUUUCCAUUCCUCAGGUUUGAGCGAGCGAAACGAGUGUUAAAGACCUUUUCCAGCGUAUACAUAUGUCCUUGUAUUAUAUCCGUGUAUGGUGUUCCAUAUUUAACUUGCGUUUAUAUUAACGGUAUUUCUCGAAUUAACUACUCCGAAACAGCUGCAACAUAUUUUUAUCUGUACAAACUUUACCCCGUGUCACCUUAAUUAACUGCAAUAGUGUAAAUAUAGUUUAUAACACGUUUUUAGGUAAACGUACUUUGUGGAAAGGUGUCUUAAAAUUAUUAAUCCCCGUGUUUAGUUUACGUAAUGUAACAAAGAAAUAUGUAUAAAAAUCGGUGGUUAAUACGGAACUUACAACAAUAAUGUUAAGACUAUGAGAAAUGUUUCUAUUGAAUCUGUAGUAUAAUUAUCCACUGAUGUGUUAUCUUAGUAAUUGUUUGUGUAUAGUCUAAACACCUGCGUUAUCAAUAAAUUGAGUGAUGACACCGAUUGAUAA